AUCGAAAGUAAGAGCUGCUUUACUGUUCAGCUGCCUGAGAGGACAGAGCUACAGUAAACAUGGAGGCCGGUUUCACUGAGGGGGAAUUUUACCAGGACCACUUCGACUCCAGAGCUUAUAUUAACAUCUUCUUCUCCAGUCCUGAAGGACACUCAGACGAGAAGAGUCUCCUCGUGUUCGUGUUAGACGCUCUCAGCAGAACUUUCUCAGGAGGUAAAUACAGCGGUCAGAAACUGGUAGAGGUGGGCUCUGGACCCACCAUUCACAGCAUUAUCAGCGCCUCUGAGCAUUUUCAGGAGAUCACCUUGUCAGAUUACGCUGAAAGGAAUCUGGAGGAAAUCCAGAAAUGGCUGAGAAAUGAGGAAGGCUGUUUCAACUGGAAUCCCGUGAUCGAGUAUAUCUGCAAACUGGAGAAGAAAAGCCCAUCAGAAGUGGAAGCUAAAAUAAGGCAAAGGGUGAAACACAUCCUGAAGUGCGACGUCCGGCUGGAAAAUCCAUUCCACCCUGAAAACCUGAAGCCAGCAGACUGCGUGAUAACAUCCCUGUGUCUUGAGGCGGCCUGCAAAGACAUGCAAGCGUAUAAAAAGGCGCUAGCUGGACUGGCCUCACUGCUUCGUCCUAAUGGAGCUCUAGUGAUGGUGGGAGUUUUAGGGGAGAGUUUUUAUGUCGUUAACCAAACCCGCUUCUCCUGUCUGCCGCUAACCGAGCAGAAUAUUAAAGAAUACCUCAAGGAUGUUGGCUUUACUGUUCAUGAGUUUGAAAUCUUUUCUGGACCCAAGCCAGAGAACAACGAGGUGUCCGAUUAUGAAGCUGUUUUUCAGCUGGUGGCUCUGAAAACUUCCUGAUCUGUUGGCCUGCCUUUGUAACGGUCACUGCCACCAACACACUUUUGAGAUUAUCAUCAUAAUUUUCUUCAAUUUAAAGUGAAAUAACCUUUAACAAUAAAAAUAUCCAAAAUAAUAGACAAAAAGUGGUGCAAUUUGCAGCCUUUUGGAUUUCUUUUUAUUUCUGCAUAAAUAUGACCUAAAAUGUAAGUGCUAAAACCAGAUAAGGAGAACCUAAUCAAACAAAUUACAAAAAUAUUAGACAUGUUCAAUUAUUAAAUGUUAAAUGAUAAAAGAGGUUCUUCUAGCCUUUAGGAUAACAAUAAGCAGCCCUCUGUGGCAUGAUGUUGCCCUUAGAUAACAGACCACUUUUAUGAUUACAUUAUUCCUUAAUUUUGUUACAUGUAAAGAAUUGCGAUUAAAAUCUUUAAAAGCCUA